GCGAACUCUUGGCUAGGCUAUAUCAAUGGACUGUCAUAUUGGUGUAGUUAACUGUACUAACUUAGCCUACUGUUACAGUAUCUAGCCUUAUAUGAUUUCUGCCGAUAGAUUUAUAUCUGUCUAGUUAGCUAGCCAGUUAACUACAAACCACCAAGUUCUCUGGUUACGAUGAGGAAGUUCCGGCGUCUAUUUAAGUAGCUAGCUCACAAGCUAUUGCUUGCAUACUAGCAGCUAGUCUUCCUGUAAUGUAUCAAAAUGGAGCGUUUCAUUUGUAUUUGCGUGUCUGAGUGUUUACGCUCAGUGGUUACGCCAGUGCUCGAAUAGAGUGUCUGUAGUUCCGUGACAUGCUUGCAUGCUGCACACUGUCUAAGUACCGUGGAAAGGACCCCCUAAGAUGUUUAAAGGACUUAUCACCAGGCCAGGACUCCCUCCACAAGGUACUGAAAGCUGUGCCUCGAGGCCUCACCGUGGGUCCUUCCUUGGCAAGCAGCGAUCGCUUGGGGCUUUGGUGCGUCGGGCGUGCCCUGCAGAAAGGGGCUCUCUUGGGCCUGCAGGAAGACCAAGUCAAGAGCACAGGCAAUGGAGAAACACAAGAGAGUGGGGGUGAAGUUCCAUGUGCAGCAGUUACCAGUGGGCCUGGCGGGGAUGAGAGUUACUGGAUUAGAUUCGCCUGUUUUGCAAAGAGUAAGGCGGAGCAGAAUGUGAGCGUCCAGGAAGUUGAUGGCAGGCUCUGUCUCAGGGCUUGUGAGGACAUCGAUCCAGGAACGGAGCUGCUUCUCUGGAUGGAGGAUCAACAGGGUCCUCCUCAACCGCUGGAACCAGAAAAAAGCCAGAGAGGGAAGGUCACUGCAGAAGUGGUUCUUGAAGAGGACGCGCCUUUUGUGGAAGGAGUGAACCGGCCUCAUGAGGAGACUGCUCUGGAGCAGGAGUCACAGCUGCCAGAUGUGACCAAGACUUCUCUGGCGGCUUCAGGAGAGGGGAAUGGGAAGUCCACGUUGCAGAGCCAUAUCAGAAGAAGAAAACCGCAAAUAUUUCGAAUGAAGAAGAAACCUGUGAGGAACCUUGAAACCUGUGCCCCUAAACAGGCCAAGCAAAAUGGGGGCGGGGGAGGCUGGCGGGAAAACAGUACCGCGAACGCUUUUCCGGAGUUGUCCAACGUGCUCCUGAACGAAGGUGGGGUUCCCUCGGAGGAAAUGCAAAAGGCGGGAGAGGAGUGUCACGCUGGCAGAAAGGUGGAAGAGCAGGGCCCAGGUGCCUCUAGAGCCAGCUCUCGCCUGGCCGCCAAGCCCAGGAAGGUGCACACGCUCGUCAGCCGCAUCCAGAAGAGGCUGCAGGAGCGGAAGAUGAGGGUGCUGGAGCAGCGCGUGGGCGAACAGGGCCCUUCUGAGGACAGCCCCGUGGAAGCCCUUCCCGGAGGCCCCAAAAACAGAGCGGCUGACCAGGAAGCAGGCGCGACAGAAAAGGUGGAAGCACAUCACUUUGCGGUCCAGCAGAACCCCUAUGACUUCCUCAAGGGUAUAUAUCGAGGGGGAGGGCAGGGAGCUCAACAGGAGGCUUUUGUGCCCGUGCCCGAACUGUUCCAUUUAGACACCAGGGAGAGGCGGUACAAGUGCGACGAGUGUGACAAGAGCUUCUUCCAGCUGUGCCACUUGAAGAAGCACAAGUUCACCCACUCCGACCUCAAACCGUACCUGUGCACGGAGUGCGGGAAGAACUACAGCUCCCAGGAGAGCUUUCGCGCCCACCUCCUCAUGCACAAGGGGGAGAGGCCCUUCAAGUGUCAGCAGUGCGACAAGAGCUACGGCCUGAAGCGGGACCUGAAGGAGCACGAGGUCCUCCACACCGGCGAGCGGCCCUUCGUCUGCGACAUCUGCGGGAAGGCCUUCGCCCGCCGGCCCUCGCUGCGCAUCCACCGCGAGGCCCACCGGGCCCGGGAGACCGGCGUCCGGGCCGCCAAGAUCAAGUGUCCCGUCUGCGGCAAGGAGCUGGCCAAUUCGGGCUCGCUGCGGAACCACAUGAGGCUGCACACCGGGGAGCGGCCGCACCCCUGCCCCCACUGCGGCAAGACCUUCCGGCAGCGGGGCAACCUGCUGGGGCACCUGCGCAUCCACACGGGGGAGAAGCCCUUCAAGUGCGACCACUGCGACCGGCGCUUCUCGCAGGCGCCCGAGCUUCGGCGCCACCUCAUCUCGCACACGGGGGAGGCUUACCUCUGCCCCGUCUGCGGAAAGGCCCUCCGGGACCCCCACACUCUGCGGGCCCACGAGCUCCUGCACACGGGCGAGCGCCCCCACACCUGCGAGGUGUGCGGGAAGGGAUACACCCUGGCCACCAAGCUCCGCCGCCACCAGAAGUCCCACCUGGAGGAGAAGCCGUACAAGUGCUCGACGUGCGGCGCCGGCUACACGCUCAUGCAGAGCCUGGUCCGCCACCAGCAGGUCCACAAGAGGAAGGAGCAGAAGGUGGCUGGGGAGCUGGCCGAGGCCCUGGCGGCCCUGGAGCCUGGCCACCCAACCCCGGUGAAGGGGAGGCCGAGGAGAAGUGCCCCGAAGGUGGUCUCCAGGCCCAGGGCGCAGCAGUGGGAGGGCCUGGGGCCCCCUGGGGAGCAGAUGGUGGUUUAUGUCCAGGACAUCGAUGGUCUGACCAUGGAGCCCACCCCCGAGGAGGUCAUCAUCAGCACUUCCGGACCCUUCCAGGACGGGGCGGCCUUCUCGCCCGAGCACGUCAUCCACAAAAUAGUGGGCACCUCUGGCCAGCUGAACCAAAUGGUGCAGGAGCAGGAGUGCGUGCAGCUGAACGAGGACGUUAUAGAGAUCAUCGUGUCGGACUCCACUGAGAAGUGCAUCAUCGUGGAGGAGCACAAGGUCCCCGGAAACGUGGUGAUUCUGCAGGGAGAUGAUGGGCUGAGCUCUGUGGCAGAGACUAUUGAGAUAUAAUCAAGUUCUCUUCUGCCUGACAUUGGAUGGUUUCGUGUAUGCCCAAACAAUUUCACUAUUGAUGAUGAAAGAGCAGUUUAUGGAAUAUGGACACUUAGCCCAGAAAGUGGGGUUAUUGGUAGGACUUGGUAGGACAAUAUACACAUUGGUGUUACUUUGCAUGUUAUUGGAUUACUGUAGUCAAUUUUAUACAAAACAUUUUGUAUAAUGUAGUUGCUGUGGGACUAAAAUAAACCAAAAAACUCAAAAAUUGAAAGAAAUGAUUAAGCAGUGUUUUGGUUCAGGUUGCAUUGUGACACCACCAGCAGUGUCUCUGUAAGAUUUCUGCAAAUAUUGACAGUCCUGUAUGGUCAACCUUGUCUGAGCACUAACUGUUCCAAAACCGUCCUUUUCAAGUACCACACAAGUUGUGGUUUUUGUGAUUUGCGUAGAAAUAACCGUAUCGUUGUCAAAAAAAGGUGCAAAUCAUGUAAGGUGCCGUUUCAUGUAAAGUUUUUCAAAAUGUGCCCCUCACUUUCACAGUCUCACCUUCUCAUGCCCUCUGAGCCCGUAGUACUAAAUGCCAAAUGGAAAGUUUAGCUUUCACUUCAUAACAUUACAUUUGAAAUAAUGUAUACAGAAGCCUUAAAGUACUUAAAAUAUAUUGUGUAUUUCCUGUUUACUUUGCUGCAAUGGCAGCAAAUUCUGACAUCACCUUUGUACUGUGUGUUAUCCAAUAUUUGAAGUCAAAUAUUUAAACGUCCAGGACUUGCAGCUGGAUCAAUAGUCUUUUUGAUUUGGGGCUUCUUUUAUGCUGAGCGCAAGAUUUGGAUGUGUAUGCGUUUUAUAAUAACACGAUUCCAAGCAAUUGACGAUGAAAAAAUAAAUCUCCUUACAAUGAUGA